UCCUAUGUGUUUGUUAUUUUGUAGGACAUGUUUGGAAAGAAACAAUUCCUCCCUCAGAAUUCUUUGCUGAAGUGGCUUGCUACCCAUGUCUGUACCCACAGAAUACUUGAUGACCUUUGUGGCAACUUAUUCUUUCUUCUAUGUGGUUUUAAUGAGAGAAACUUGAAUAUGAGCCGAGUGGAUGUAUAUUCAACGCACUGCCCUGCAGGGACAUCUGUACAAAACAUGAUCCACUGGAGCCAGGCUGUGAAGACUGGGGAACUCAAAGCUUAUGACUGGGGAAGCAAGGCUGCAAAUAUGGCUCACUACAACCAGUCUACUCCCCCUUUCUACAAAAUAAAAGAGAUGACUGUACCAACCGCGGUGUGGACUGGUGGACAGGACUGGCUUGCAGACCCAAAGGAUGUUGCUAUGCUGCUGACUCAGAUCACAAACUUGGUUUACCACAAAAACAUUCCAGAAUGGGAACAUUUGGAUUUCAUCUGGGGCCUUGAUGCACCUUACCGCAUGUAUAAUGAAAUAAUUAACAUGAUUAGGAAGUAUCUCUAAACCAACAUGGUAUUAGUUCACCAGGAAUUUGUCUUUUUGGAACACGUGCUUUUCUGGCAAUAAUGCUACAUUGUUUAUUUAUGAUGCAUUUUUAAAAUGCCAGCAAUGACUACUGAAUUGGAUUAAUAUUUGGGUUUGUGUUUCUUUUUUUUCCCCUCAGUAUUAUUUCUCCUGCAGAAAUCCUCAUUGUAUCCUGCUGAUUUUGCACACAGUGGCAUGGUACUCGAAAAAACAGCAGU